AUGUCAAGUGAAGAUGAAGAGGAAGAAGUUGAGACUAAUAAUUCUCCAAAUGAUGAUUCGAAAAUAGAAUCUACUGUUCUGCUAGAAGAUGUAUCCAACUCAAUCGGUGCCGCUACUAAACGUAAAAGAAGCGGUCUUGACAUUCCCAUUGCUAGCACUGAUAUUUUACCCACGUGGGUGGCCGGUGCUUCACCAGCCAAAUUUGUAAGUAUGGAUGAAUUAAUGAAGAUGUCAGUAGCAUUAGAGGACAUGGCAUUGGUACAUGAAAUUGCGGUUAAUCCCGAAUUUGUUAUCGAGAGAAACUCGACAAACUUAGUAGAGCAAGCAGUAGAAAGUUGCAUGAAAAAAGCUUAUUGGGAUAAACUGCGUGAAGAUUUUGCUAGGAUACCGCCAGAUUACUCUUAUGCCCUAAUUUUGCUUGAUGAUAUAAAAAAGAUGAUAUUGGAUCUGUUGACGCAGCAGCACGUUCGUUUACGUUCUGAAAUAGAUUGCAUGUUGGAUAUUGACUUAUUAAGGCAGCAAGCUGAAAAUAAUUGCCUGGACGUACGUCAGUUAUUUGAAAAUAUUGUCGAACUUUUGAGCAGACUUUGUGCACCAGCAAGAGAUAAAUUGGUGAAUGAUUUGCGUAAGAAAUCAGACAAUGUAGAUAUAGGCGUGUGUGAACUUUUGGAUUUAAUGAAAUUAGAUAUGGCUAACUUUUUUGUUCAAGUUAAUCGUUCUGUUGUUGAAAAGCAUUCAGCUGAAUAUGAGAGGACGCAAUUUAUGAAGCUUCUGGAUAAAAAUCCAGGGCUGGAAUUGUCAACAUUGGAAUGGUUGCAUAGACAUAUAAGUAUGAGUAGUACCGAUGGACCAUCAGCCAAGAAAAAUUUUGAAGAGUUGAAUAACAGCGAAGUAAAUGCUGUAAUAAGUAACGCAUAUAUGGAAUUGCUGGAAUGGAAUUUUCAAAAUACCUAUCCUGAAAUCCUCAAGAUUGAUCGGUUGCGAUUGGAGGCUAUAGCUAUGAAAUAUUUACAGUUGAUCGUGUGUACCAGUUGUGUACUAGUUUCUUGCAAUCUUGCUGGAAAGGAUGUAACUCAAUUUAAAGAUUUUAAAACAAAUUUGAAAAAUGACGUAAUCAUUAUUACUAAUGAUAUCACUAAAAGCAACUUAAUGGAUCGUCUUGAAGCAGUAUCUGUUCUUUGUAAUGACAGAAUAUUGAAAUGUUGCAAAACGCUAGGCAUUAGUUGGACUAACGAAAGGUCCACUGAAUUGAAAGAACAAAUUUUGCAAAUUAGUGAUCAUGCAAAUCAUGUCCGGAAGCUUAUCCGCGACAGAAUACACGUCUUUAUUCUUUCGGUAAUCUCAAAUCAAGUGCCAUAUUAUCAGCAGCAGUUUCCACCCGGUUUAUCCAUAAUACAUGCAGAACUUUCAGCCCUUACUGCACGUUUCGUGCGUAUUAGAACGAUGGCUUUCUAUUUUGCUCUUAUGAAUGUCUCCAAUGCUACCCUUAAUAAUUCAACAAAACCUCGUUCAUCAUCUCUCUCACGUAAUCGUUAUCCGAUACAACGAUUUAAUCGACGACGUUGCACAAUCACUUCUUAUGAUUCUGAUACAUUGUUCAAGCUGGAUGAACUACCAUCUCAGAUUUACCGAAAACAAUAUAAAUUUCAUGAAGUUCAAAAGGACUCAAAACUUAGGAAUGAUAUUCAAGAAAAAAAAGUAACGUCCCAGAAAAGAGAACUCGAGAAGACAGUAAUCAAAGUGAACAGCUUUUUAAGAAAUCGUGUUUUUUCAGACAAACACACGGAGCACCCUUCACCGACAUUUCAUAAGGCAAAUAUCGAGCAUAAGCAACGAAAUGUUAUGAAGAAAUCGUUAUCGAUUUGGAAGACGCCUUCCUAUGGUGAUGUAGUAGAUGCUUGGUUACCAAACACGAAAAGAUCAAAUUCCAGGCAUGAAGCAAAAGUAAACGAGGGAUAUCCUCUCGGAUUAUCAGUUUAUUUCAAUCAGAUACAAGGAGUGAACGACCGAACUGUCACACCUAGCAUCCUACAAAAUGCUACUAAUGAAUUGAUCGAACACAAAUUAAUUCUAUCAACGCCAUCCAGCAGACGAAAUUUUUGGAAACCUGCCACCCUUACACGACGCCGAAGUGACAGUGACAGUUAUUCAAAGUAUACAUCGUCAUCGUCUUACUUCAAUCCUGAAUUUCGUUUCGUGGAAGAUGAAUUCAAGAUAUUGGAGAACAACGCAGCUAUUCCACCUGAUGAGAAUUAUACUUUUUCAUCCUAUAUUUAUUCGAAAAGAUUACCGCUUGCCGAUGAUUCUUGGCGGAUUCGAUAA